GAUAUUAAGGUUGGAAGAACCAUCCAGACCUUGAAACUUCUGCCCCCCAGCCCCACCCCUGUAUCUCCUUAGGAAGACAGAGGAAUUAUGUUGUCAAAGAGGUGUCACAAUGCCCCCAGCCCUAUACAAGUUCUCCUAACUUGGUGUCCCAGUACCCUCCCAAGAGUCCCUGAAUACCUCUGGAGCCCUUGGCCGCCAGAAGUUCCAUCUCACCACCAAGGAAGGCACUGGUCAAGGAUGUUCCAGGACUCACAGAAAUCCUCAGUACCCAGUCAUGGGCCGAAGACACCAUCAGGCCAAAAGGUGCAGGCUCCACACCGUCCCCUGUCCUUGUCAUGGAAGCAGGACCGUGAGCAGACUCUGGCAGCAGCCUAUGUGCCGGUGGCGGUGGACCCCAGAGGGCAGAACCCGGACAAGCUCAGGUUCAAUUUCUACACCUCCCAGUACUCCAACUCCCUGAGCCCCUUCUACACCUUGCAGAAGCCCACCUGCGGCUACCUGUACCGCCGGGACACCGACCACACCCGCAAGCACUUCGACGUGCCUCCUGCCAACCUGGUCUUGUGGCGCUCGUAGGCCUGUGCCAGUCAGAAGCCCCCUACCCUGCACCCUCACCCCCACAAUGCUGGGUCCCCAAGGGGAAGGGCUGCUUCCUCCCGGAGGAGCAGAAAGUGCCUGGGCUAGGACGGCUGUGCCCUGCCCACUGUCAACAAUGGCAAAGGGAGGUCUUGCUUUUCAGCAGCAAUUAAAGUUUCUUCUUCCUUUCCCUGG